ACCCACUUCCGACUUCCGGGGUAGCAGGAAAACAGCAACGCUGUGCAGAAAGAAGCAUCACCAUGGGCAAAAGCUGCAAGGUGGUGGUGUGUGGCCAGGCUGCAGUCGGUAAAACAGCCGUCCUGGAGCAACUACUCUAUGCCAACCACGUUGCGGGUUCGGAGCCCAUGGAGACCCUGGAGGACAUUUACAUCGGCUCCAUCGAAACGGACCGCGGCACCAGGGAGCAGGUGCGCUUCUAUGACACCCGUGGGCUCCGUGACGGCAUGGAGUUCCCUCGCCACUACUACAGCUUUGCCGAUGGCUUUGUGCUGGUCUACAGCAUCGACAGCAAGGAGUCCUUCAAGCGCAUGGAGGCCCUCAAGAAGGACAUCGACCGGCACAGAGACAAGAAGGAGGUGACUAUUGUGGUUCUGGGUAACAAGCUGGACAAGCAGGACGAGAGGAGGGUGGACGCCAACAUGGCGCAGAACUGGGCCAAGAACGAGAAGGUGCGCCUGUGGGAGCUAUCGGUGGCAGACCGCCGCACGCUCAUCGAGCCGUUCGUGUACCUGGCUAGCAAAAUGACGCAGCCGCAGAGCAAGUCCACCUUCCCCCUCAGCAGGAACAAGAACAAGGGCAGCGGUCCGACAGACGGCUGAACGGCAGGCACGUUCAUAUGCAUUAUUUCUUGAUUUUUUUUUGUCACAUCAAGGCUUUGCUAGCACGCUUGGGAUUAUGUUAGCAUCCAAAUUUAUCAUCAUAUUACGACUUUUCACCUAAAUGAUCAUUUUCAUCCAUCACAAGAAACAAUGCAUUUGCAUGUAUUCCAAGAUGGCCGCCAUGAUGUUCGUAUAUGAUGUGUCAUUGCUACACACUAGCAAGGUAAAUUGCAUGGAUACCUGUAAAUACCAGUAAAUGUGCCACCAGUUGUCAUGGAGAUUUGUUACACUGCUACUAAUUAGUAUUUGUCUGCAAGGCGUCGUUGACUGUGAAAAGUUUCAAAUACAACAAUUAGCCUUACUUUUAGACCAUUGCUAAAUGGUGUAGCUUUAUUCAGGGACCAAAUGUAAGCAACUCCUGUUUCAUUUCAUUGAAAUGUGUGCUUUUGUUGUUGUCUUAAAUAUAACUUGUAAAAUUUUAUGUGUCUUAUUUUUAAACUGUUCAACCAGUAUUUGUUGGCAUGUACAGUAAAAAAAUAAAACAUAUGUGCCUGAUUUCAUAUACAUACAUAUUAUAUGUACGCGGUACUAAUACAGUGAAAUAUUCUAAAUGGAAUAAAUUAUUACAUUGCUAGUUGAAGAGUGGGACUCUAAAGUUGCUGUUACGUAGUUUGCCCACCAGAGUGCGCUCCCACGCCAACAUUGCAGGCAAUGCGUCCGAGCCGUUGUCGUAGUAGCUUGGCAACUUCACGUUCAACUCGGAAGUUUCAGUGUCAGGAAGCUAAUUAACGUUCACUAGGGGCAUAUCGCCAACACUGAAGGUUCCUGGGAUGAUUAUGUAGACCUGAGAACUAAACAAUCUCAGUGAUGUUUAUGUAUUGUGAAUAUUAUGUUAUUUAGAAAUUUUGUAAAAAACAAACAAAACAAAAAACAUGACUAAUGGAGUUAGUCAUUUUAAGGCCUGCGGGGACUAUGAGGCCAUUCGACAAGGUCAGAGACAUUGACGCAGAAAAAAACGACAUACUCGUUCCACAGAUGAGCGCGCGGUGCCUGCAAAGGUUAAUGCAAGAUGAUGAGAAAACCUCAAGUGGAACAUUAAGAAGCGUUAUAUUAUUACACUGUUCCCCCCAGAGGUUGAUAUCAUCGUAACAUCCCAUUUCAAUCAUGUUCUUUUUUAUGUAUGCUUUGUGCUUCACUUAUUUUACCACACGUCAACAUUAAAGGUGUAAAAUGCUCAGAUACAACAUUCAUGAUCAUUUUAUUCUCUAUUUUUAAAUAAAAGAG